AGAAAACAGACACUUCUCUUCCUGUUUGGCCCAGGGACACUAUAUUAUCUGUGUGUUACGUGAAAAGACAUGGGAGGAAUUAAGCAGGAGCAGAGUGAUGCAUCGCAGCAGCCCAAAGCUUCCCAUGCAGCGGAGCAACCUCAAGAGGAGCCUAAAAAGAGGGGCUGGCCAAAGGGAAAGAAAAGAAAGAAGGUUCUGCCAAAUGGUCCCAAGGCACCAGUAACAGGUUACGUACGUUUUCUGAAUGAGCGGCGAGAACAUAUGAGGUCCCGAUACCCUGACCUGCCUUUUCCAGAAAUCACCAAGAGACUAGGAGCAGAGUGGACACGAUUAGCCCCAAAUGACAAACAGCGCUACCUUGAUGAGGCAGAGCGAGAGAAGGUGCAGUACGCUCAGGAACUGAAGGAAUAUCGUCAGACUGAAGCCUUCCAGAUCACCAGUGCCAAGCUGCAUGACAAGAGAAUUAAAAAAGAAGACACGUCGUCGGUCAUUGUUGGUUCCACUUCAGGGUUGUCUUUAACAAAGGCUUCUGACCUCUCGAGCAGAUUCGACAUCCCGAUUUUUACAGAGGAAUUCCUCGAUCAAAACAAAGCUCGAGAGGCCGAGCUGCGAAGGCUUCGGAAGGCAAACGUUGAGUUUGAGGAGCAGAACGCAGUUCUGCAGCGUCACAUCAGUGAUAUGAACAGUGCUAAAGAGCGUCUGGAGGCUGAACUGGGGCAGGACGAGAAGCGAACCCAGGCUCUUCACCAACACCUGCAGGCCAUUAAACACACAUUGGUCAGCAGUCUGUCAUCAGUCCCUCUGCCAGGAACAAGUGAGACAGCAUCUCUGGGCAACCUGGACUCAUACCUGAGUCGUCUCAGUGGAGUGCUGGAAGGAGACCCCCAUAAACACCGUGCCCUGCUCAGCCAACUCCACAAGGUCCUCUCUCAUCUCGACAGUGAGAAGUUAUGAGGAGGCUCCAGCCAGAUGCCCCACUCUCAUACGUCAUAAAGACACCCCACAGGCUUGGUGGAAUUAGGCCAAGUCAGUGCCAUUCUAUCCAGGAUGUGGUGGUAUGGGUAUAAACACUCGCAGCCCAUGCCUGUUGUUUACCGAUGUGUGUGUUUUGUAAAAUAUGUCAUUGCAAUAUGUCAUAUUUUUAAAGUGAAUUUCUACUGCAGCAUAGAUGGUUUUUAGCAGUUCAGGCAUCUCAUACCAUUUAAACAAAUCUGAUCUGACUUGAAUCCCGUUUUGCAGCUUUUCAAAAGUUUGGGAGAGGAUGAGGAUAAUUGUGUGCAGUACUUUGAUGAGGCGGAAAAUAAAAGAUUAGAGC